GUCACCGAAAGCCAGCCAGGGUUGAACUAUCUGUCAACAAUCGUGCCUGAACUGCACGUAUCGUCGCUAAACCCGAGUGGCACGCAGAUAUAUUCCCUAGGCACCUAUCACACUUCACCAUUAUUCAUCUAAUCCACGAAAAUGGCUGAAUCAUCAUUUCACUACUCCUCCGUUCCUCAGCUAAAUGGCGAAGACAACUUGAAAGCCUGGAAAUAUAGCAUCCACCAAUACUGCAUCUAUUACGAUCUUGAGGGCUUUUUACUGGGUACCGAACCUGAACCCCAAGAUGCUUGCGAAGCUUCAAGAUGGCGCAAACGACGCGCACAUUGCAUGGUCAUUCUUGCUUAUUCUCUGAGGAACCCAGAAAUAACAGGACAACUUAAAAUAGCCGGCUGGAAGACGCAUGAAAGAGACCCCAAGGUUGUGUACGACCUUGUUCUAUCAACUAUCCCGAAAUUAUGGGAACACCUCAUCCCCCAACUCUUUAACCAGCUCAUGGAUCUCAAAGUGGAUGCCGUCACAUCAUUGCAUGCUUAUACCAUCAAAUUUCAAGAGAUCACAGACCGACUGCAGCAAUUGGGUCUGCCUGUUGACGAUAGGGUAAAGAUGCUUAUGGUUAUGAGACAAGUCAAAUCUCAUUAUCCUAGCUGGCAUACUCGUGUCGAAGGAGACUUUCAAAAGGGCACCUUAACGUGGGAAUCGCUCAAUCUUGAGAUCAUCAAUAGAGGAUAUAUUUCAAGCGCUUGACAACUCGAGAAAGCCGCCAAGAUAUCAAAGAGAGGAGUGAGAUGAUUUUCGCAUAAUAAGCCACCACUUGUAGAAUGGACAGAAUGGAUUAGGUAGCACGGUUAUCCCACAAUAGGACCAUUCCAAUAGGCCGACAGGCAUAUAUUACCAGAUGACCUACUUCAUGAGAUUUCCAU